CGAUCACACGCCAUGUGUCCUAUCUUGGCCUACUUCCCUCUGCUCCGUCUCCCUCUCCCUCGAUCUCUCUUUCUGAGGAAGCCGAGGACGGCGGCUCGGACUCUCCGCCAUCUCCCUCCCUUUUUUGCUCCCUCUCUGCCACCCCGUCACCCCCGCCAUCGCCAUGAGUUUCGCCAUCAAACGAGCUUUCAGUGAUCAGUUGCUGAUGCCACGGGGAGAGAUCUCAGCCAUCCGCCAAGUACAUCAUCCGCGGAUCAGCCCCAACUUCAUGCGCCUUGCGCAGUUCUUCUGCACUGCGGGUGUAUACGGCGCGGCAGAGUUCCGAUUCACGAGCAAUCCCCAGGUAGUGGUGCUGGCCGAGGCAACGGCGUUCCAACGGCGAGCGGCCCCAGGAAUCAGCCACGUGUCUACCGUGGUAGUCUUCAGCGGCGACAUCACCGCCUUCGAUCCGGCGCGACAAGCCGCCAUCAAAAGCACAUUGUAUCGGUGGGGUCGCGAUCUGGCCACAAAUUGGGAUCGACGGCUCACAAGGCACGGUGACGAGUGCUAUCCUAUCGACGGCAUCAAAUGGGCGGCGCUGAGAGCAGAAGAGGAGGUCGAAGAGGAAUCGGAAGGAGAAUUGAGGAGAGAGGUCGGGGAAGCAGCGGUCCGAUCGGCCGAGGACGAGGAAGAAGAGCGUGAAGCAGAAGAAGAGUCGGCGGAAGCUGAAGAAGAUGAAGAAGAAGAAGCAAAGGAGGAGACUUCGGAGGAAGAGGAAGAGGCCUAUAGCGAGUACAGCAAGGGCGAACAAAGUGAGGAGGAGGACGAAGACGACGAAGAAGUGGAAAGCAGGGACGACCAGGAGCCAACGCACGACGAGCUCGAGUGGGUGCCAGGACCGGAUCGGCGAGAGGAGAACCCGGAGGCUGCUGCGCAGCGCAAGAAAGAGAUCGCGGAAGGAAAGAGGCUGGCGAUCGAUCCCGCACCGAACGAUCUUUUCAAGGAUCUCGAUCCGCCCAAGCCGGAACAUGGAGACCUUGCUGCUACAACCUCGGGAGACGCGACGACAAGGCGCCGAUCUCAAUCCCGAUCCACGUGCCCCUCCGCCUCCGCCCGUCCCCCAAUUCGUCAACUUGUCAAUGAGGGGCUUAGCCCUUCGUCCCCGAUCCAUAUACCACCAUCCCAUUAGCUAUCUCUCUUUCAAUCAGUAUUUCCAUCGCGUCGUCUACCUCCGUAAUCCUUUCCCCAUCGCCACCUUCUGACAUUUCUACUUCGCCCGCCUAGAACAAACUGUCCACCCCCAC